CUCUCUCAUUUCAGACUUUGGGAGGACUGAUGCUAGCUUUUGGUCUGUGGAUUCAUUUUGACAAUACUUCCAUCCCUGCUCUAAGUUUCUCGCAUUUCUUUGAGAUCAAGCUUGUCUCGUAUCUGCUGGCUGGGGGCGGGACUCUAACCAUGAUGCUCGGCUUCUUCGGCUGUCUGGGGGCGCUCAAGGAGAUGCGUUGCAUGCUGGGAACGUAUUUUUUUGUUUUGAUUAUUUUAUUGGGUGGUCAAAUCACACUGGGAGUUCUGAUCUACACACAGAAAAAUUUGGUCAAUUUGAAGAUUAAAAACGCAGUCUUGAAGAUGAUUGAAAACUACCAGACUGGAAAUCAGUCACUUCAAGAUAUGGAUCUCAUACAGGGAAAAUUCCAGUGUUGUGGAUGGACCUCCUAUGAAGACUGGAAACAACACCCCAUAAUUAAGGCAGACCCCAGCUGGUAUCCCUGUUCCUGUUACCAGCAGGACCCCACAUCGCCUCCCCAGUACAACCAGUCCAACUCCAGUCUGGACCCAGUGACUGAACCAGUGACCACUCCCGACUCCAUCUCUACAGACCAGUAUAACCAGUCCUCUCUCCGCGGAGAACCAGCAACCCAACCAGUGACCACUCCCGACUCCAUCUCUACAGACCAGUAUAACCAGUCCUCUCUCCGCGGAGAACCAGCAACCCAACCAGUGACCAGCCCCAACUCCAUCUCUACAGGCCCGUGGAACAGGUCUGUCGCCGUGACAACAGAGCCCGUUCAAACCCAGCGUAGCGGCCACGGUUUCUGUCCGGGGCCCCCUGGUGGCUCACCCCCGGUUUUCUCUGAGGGUUGUCAAAGCAUCCUUCAGUCCUGGCUUUAUGAAAACCUUCAUUUCAUUUGGGGGGUCUGUGUUGGAAUUGCCGCGUUAGAAAGAUUUUUAUGUGGAAUAUUGGCAAGCUCUUUGGUAUGAUUCUCUCGAUGUAUCUGUGUAGCCGACUGGGAAAGAAUUUCGACAAGCUGAUUCGCUACUCCUGAACUGCGACCCGCCCCCUCCCCCCGGAUACUGCGACGCCAUUGGGUCCAAAUCUUCACGUCUUCUCGUCUUUUCAAAUGGCAUUUUUUUUUUGUGAGCAGUUGGGUUCUAGAAUAUGUUAUCGAGUUGACAUUUUUCUUAAUUUCUAAGAACCGCUGUGAUCGUUUUUUGGUGGUUCGUAUUUAAGUUGCUCAGAUACUGUAAGCAGGUUUUAUUGUGAAAACUAAAAAUAAUAAAAACCUUCCACUUUGGAAGAAGUUUCUUUUUUUCGCUGGCAGUACACCAGCUGUCCACUAGAUGGCGCUAUCACGAAUCUAACGAUGAGCCCACAAGAGCUGUUUAUUAGCUGCACUGCCGUAGACACGUGGGACAGAGGCUAGACCAGUCAUAGUGUCUUUAUAAUUAGCGCCAUCUAGUGUACACAUCUGUAAAAAAAACAAAACAAAACUUAAAAAUCUGUCUUCUGAAGCUGUUUAGUGACAGAGCUUGUGUUGGGUGAAGGAUCGAGCACUUUUUAAUUAUUUCUUAAAGUCUUAACUGAAAUCAAAAGACUUCAUUCAAAUCUUGUUUGUUUUUUGUUUGUUUUUUUGGGGGGGGUGGGGUAAUGGCACAGUUUUUGCUCGCAGGGUAUUGAAAUUUCAAAGUGUCGUGUAUUUGCUGACGCGAUGACGUUUGCUCUCUGUAUUGCUCGCUGUGGAAGUUUGUUGAGUGUUUGUUUAUCUAUUGUAGAUGUUGUGUCUCUGUACUGUUGUUUAAAUGCCAUUAAACCUUAACAACUAGA